AUGAAACUGUUGGCAUCAUCAUCAUCAUCCUCUUCAUCCACGAUGAUGCCUGUUACACAACUACAUGUGGCAUUGCUGCUGUCUGGCCUUUCGAGUGUUUCCGCCGAAUUGCGACGCAACGGCGAGAUUUGCGUUUCGCCUACCAACACCUACACAGCCAAGGUAGACAUCCACGCGUCUGAGAGAGGCUACUAUGUGUUUGAAGAAUGCGGGGAAGACUGGGUCAAUCCAACCAUUGGCCUGGAAUUUGGACAAGUCUACACCUUUAUCCAAAAGCACAAAAGCAAUUACUGGCAUCCCAUUGAUUUUAGCUACUUUCCAGAUGCUCAUCACGUGGGAGCAGAACUCCUAGAUCCACGUACCAAGGGCAAUGACGGUGGGGACUCCAUCAUUAGUAAUUUGCCAAAUCAGCAAACUACCACUACUAGUGCUGCUUCUGCCAAUGGUCCAGCAGACACUUGUGCCACCAACAUGACCUGCCCUGCUCCCAUGUACUUUUUGAAUGAUGGGUAUCUGGGAACGUACAGCAACAUUAAAGAAGUUGCACCCAUCACAAGCAACGAACACGACAUUGGACUCGAACUAUACGAAGACUUUUUCUUCAAGUCCAUGGCCACUUGGACCGGAUUCGGAACUUUUUCCAUCCAACUCAAGUUCGACGAUGAAUCGUACACUGGAAAGGAUAUUUUCUAUUACUGUCGAAUCCAUCAGUUCAUGGCCGGACGAAUGAAGCUACUCAAGAACGGGGUUCCUGUCAAUGAACAGGACGAUCCACCCAUGUACUUUGAAAUGGAAACACCGGGACAGUUCGAUGCCAUGUGUGGAACCUACGGUUUGGAUGCGUUCCAACUACCGCAUCCUCAAUGCCCCGAUCGAUUCGUUUGCGAUGUCGAUGAACGCAUGAGAGACUUUGCUUCCUGCAUCGACGCCAUGAUGCUACCGGGAUGCCACAUGAUACUUGGCAUGACGACCAAGGUUUCGUCCAAGACGGAAUUGGCCUUGUUUGUGCAUCAAAUGAUUCCGCAUCAUCAGAACGCCGUGAACAUGGCCAAGGCAUUGUUAAAGGCUGGCUUUUUACCAUGUGACGAUUUGACGAAUGAGGAGGAUCCGUACUGUAUCAUGCAAUCGCUGUUGUAUGGUAUCGUGAAUCGUCAGAAUCACGAGAUUGGAGUGAUGAGCAAGAUUUUGGCGGGUUUGAAUCUUCCUCCUACGGACGAUUGCGAAGUGUUGGUGGGGGACGAAGGUCUGCAUGGAUCGAGUCGAGGAUUGAAGGGGAUGGCAGUGACUGCCGCUGGUGCCAUGUUUGGAGCCGCCGCUCAUGCAUUUUAG